AUGGGCCUGGCGCUGUCACAGUUGGAACACUGCCCUACUGGCACUCGCCUGCUGUUGGCAUUAUAUGCCUCAUGCUGUGGAGCACCUGCCUUGCCUAACUCCGUUGGCAUGAACGUGGGUCGCGUGACAACAGCCCUCUUUGCCUGCUGCACCGCAAACGUCUUUACACGCAAGCAGCUAGCUCCUCUUGUUCUUUCGGCCCUUCACAGGCCACUCUGCAGUGGCUCAGAUGCGCUGCUGGCUUUGACUGAAGUGCAGACAUCCGUGUCCUGCUUGCCCGUGGUGGAGCAGGAGCUCGGCUCCCUCCGUUUCCUGGCCUGGCUGGUGACGAACACCGCAGGCAGCAACGGGCUCUUCCUUCUCUUGAUGAGCCUGCUGCAAAAGCAGGGAAGAUUCUCUGCUGGACUUCGCAUCAACCAAGGGUUGUGGAGCAUUGCGCUCUGUGGCUUGACACAGCGAGCCCUGGACAUCCCAAACUUCCGGACCAGUUUGCUUGGCCUCAUGGAGGUUCCUUCCAAGUGGUAUCCCUUCUCUAUUGCCGUAGCGCUCUCAGUCUUCAGUGGCUCCAUACAGUGGGAGACGUUCUCUGCAGUUUCCUUUGCCUACCUUUGGUGGGCUCUACGUCUUGAUGGUGUCCUUUUGCCUUCAAGAGACACUGCUAGGAAACUGGAGGCCAGAGUGCCAGUGGCUGGACUGAUUAGUCUUCUGGGUGGCUCCUGGAUACCUGCUGUUCCACCAGGGCAGAAUGCGCCCCAUCGGCCUAGACCAGCUGGUCCAGCGAGACCUGCUGCAG